AUGGCAAUGGCAAAUAUCAAAACACAAUGUUUUACAUGUGAUAAGGAAAAAAUCACAUAUCCUUGUAAAGGAUGUUCAAAAGAAUUUUGUUUAACACAUUUAACAGAACAUCAACAAAUAUUAAAUGAUCAAUUAAAUCAUAUUACCAAUGAGUAUAAUGAAUUUAAACAAAGAAUUAAUGAACGAAAACAGAAUCCACAAAAUCCACAAAAUGAUUUAUUAUUAAAACAAAUUGAUCAAUGGGAAACAGAUUCAAUUGAGAUAAUUCAACAAAAAGCAGAAGAAUGUAGAAAAAUUGCUAUGGGACAUUUACCAACAUUCUUUAACAAUAUCGAAAAGAAAUUUAAUAAUUUAAAUGAAUAUAUAAAACAAAUUCAUCAAGAAAAUGAAUGUAAUGAAAUUAAUUUAAAUUAUUUAAGAAGCCAAUUCAUAGAAAUUACACAGGAAUUAAAUAAUCCACUAAAGGUUUCUAUUAAAGAAGAUUCACCAUCAUUUAUUAAUGAAAUUUCAAUUGUUUUAUCAAAAAUAUCAAAAUUCAACAAAUGGAAACAAAAUGCCAUCACUGUAGCUGGUGGAAAUGGACAAGGACAACAAUUAAAUCAACUGUAUUACCCUUACGGAAUCUUUAUUGAUAAAAACAAAAAUAUGUUCAUUGCUGAUUGUUUGAAUAACCGUAUUAUUGCAUGGGAAUGCAAUGCAAAUGAAGGACAAAUUAUUGCAGGUGGAAAUAAAGAAGGAAAUCGAAUGAAUCAACUGAGUGGACCAAGAGAUGUGAUUGUUGAUCAACAAAGUAAUUCGGUCAUCAUUGCUGAUUAUGAUAAUAGACGAGUGAUUCAAUGGUUGAAUCAGAAUCAACAAAUUCUCAUUGAAGAUAUUGACUGUUUCGGCUUGGCAAUGGAUAAAUAUGGAUUUAUGUAUGUUUCGGAUUGGAAGAAGAAUGAAGUGAGACGAUGGAAAAUGGGAGAAUACAAUAAUGAAGGAAUUGUAGUAGCAGGUGAAAAUGGACAAGGAAAUAAAUUUAAUCAACUCAAUUAUCCUACUUUUAUAUUUGUUGAUGAAGAUCAAUCUGUUUAUGUAUCAGACACAAACAAUAAUCGUGUGAUGAAAUGGAGAAAAGAUGCAAAAGAAGGAAGAAUUGUA